ACGAAGAAUAAAUCAGACAUAAAGACAUACGUUUGUGGACUACUGGUUGAAUAGGGGAAGUACCUCAAAAAUUCUUCAGGGAAUCCAAAGGAAUCUACAGUUGAGACAGAAUCUUUGCAAACCAGAAAAUAUAUCAAAGCAAAGAGGGAAGGGAGCAAAAGACAGAGGAGAGAAGAAGGAAGAAUGAAAGACUUAGCACAGUCAUUAGAACUGAGGGGCCCUCAGCGGAAAGGGGGCUGCAAAACUCGAUCCAGACUUUGGCUACAGAAUGAACUUUUACGAGUGGGACUUGCUGAAACCCUGUGCACAUAUGUCAUGAUGGUGUUUGGCCUGGGUUCUGUGGCCCAGGUAGUGACAGGACAGGGGGCGUUUGGAGAAUACCUCAGCAUCAACCUGGGUUUUGGUUUGGGUGUCGCUAUGGGGGUGCACGUUGGAGGGAAAGUCUCAGGGGCUCAUAUGAACGCAGCAGUGUCAUUCACAAUGUGUGUGUUUGGCCGACUUACAUGGAAGAUGCUACCUCUCUACGUUUUUACCCAGCUGCUGGGGUCAUUUAUGGCAGCGGGGACAAUUUAUAUGGUCUACUAUGAUGCAAUAUAUACCUACUGUGGUGGGAACCUGACUGUGACUGGUGAUAGGGCCACAGCUGGGAUAUUUGCCACCUAUCCUGCACCAUACAUCUCCAUACAGGCUGGAUUCAUUGACCAGGUGUUUGGCACAGCCAUGCUGCUGCUGAGCCUGAUGGCUCUGUCUGACCAGAGGAACAAGCCAGCUGUGGCGGGCAGCGAGCCUCUGGCGGUGGGUCUUCUGGUCCUUCUCGUUGGCAUCUCUCUGGGCAGCAACAGCGGCUAUGCUAUCAACCCCACCAGAGACCUGGCACCCAGGGUCUUCACUGCCAUAGCAGGCUGGGGUUCUGACGUUUUCAGAGCUGGGAACGGGUGGUGGUGGGUGCCUCUACUCGCCCCCCUUGUAGGGGGUGUACUGGGUGCAGGCGUGUACAAGGCCUUUGUCGAAAUGCACCACCCUUCCCCUUCUGAUCAGGAAGAAAAGCUGGCACAGGAGCCAGAAGAGGAGACUGCCCCUCUGGAGAAGCAGAGCCGUAUCUGUGCUGAUGUGUGUGUGUGA